AGUGAAGGUGUUGCUGGUGGGGUUGCAUCCCCCUCUGGAGAUCCUUUGGAGAGGGAUGUGGGGCUCACAGAUGUGAGGGAGAGUGAGGAGAAGGAGCUGGAUCCCCCAAUCCCACAGCAGGAAGAGGAUUCCCAAGCCCCAGAAAGAAAAAGAGGGAAGAAACAGGAGAAAAACAAUCAGGAAAAGGGAUUGAAGAGAAAAGGAGGGAAGAAACAUGAGGAAAAUGAGCAGGAAACGAGACUGAAGAGAAAAAGAGGGAGGAAGGAUAAAUUUGAGGAUAUGAUGGAUGGCAUUGAGGAGGAGGAGGAGGGGGAUAAAGGCAGGAAUUGGGAAGGGGGACAGGGAAGAGCCAAAAAACAGAGAAGCAACAGCAGCCAGGGAUGGGAGGAUGGGAAAAAAAAGUGGGAGAAGGGGAAAGCAAAGAAGCACAGCAGGGAGAAAGUGGAGGGGGUGGAAAAAGUGGGGAAGAGGAAAAUGAAGGAAAAAUUGCUGGAAGAGGAGCAAGAGAUGGAGAAAGAUGAGGAGGGAGAGAAAGAAGUAGGAGGUGAGGAGGAGGAGAGGAUGGGAAAGGGAAGUGGAAAUGGAAGAAGAAUUGUGAAGGAGGAGGAGGUGGAUGGGAAAGGGGAGGAAGGAUUGGGAGAGGCUAGGAGUGCAGGGAUGUGGCAGGAGGUGAAGGAGGACAAGGAUGAAGGGAAGGGAGGUAUUCCAGUGAAAAUGAGGGAAAAAAAGAACAAGAAGAAGCCAGAGGGGGAAACAAAAGAGAUGGAGAAGAAGAGUGAAGAGGAGGAAACCCCAGGGAAAACUGGGAAAAGGAAAUCUAAGGAAGGAGAAGAAAAGAAAGAGGAAGAAAAGAACAAUAAAAAGACAAAAAAACAGAAGGAAGAAGAAAAAGAGGCGGAAAACAAAUGGAAAUGGUGGGAAGAGGAGAAGAAGGAAGAUGGAGUCAAAUGGAUGCAGCUGGAGCACCGAGGGCCGUACUUUGUGCCCCCCUACGAGCCCCUGCCCAAGGAUGUGCAGUUUUAUUACGAUGGAAAACCCUUGAAGCUGAGCCUGGCCACGGAGGAGAUCGCCACGUUUUAUGCCAAAAUGUUGGAUCACGAGUACACCACCAAGGAGAUCUUCCAGAACAACUUCUUCCAUGACUGGAGGAAGGAAAUGACCUCAGAGGAGCAAGAGAUAAUCAAGGACCUGGACAAAUGUGACUUUGGAGAGAUCCACAAAUAUUUUGUGGACAAAAAUGAGGCCAGGAAAGCGCUUCCCAAGGAGGAGAAGCAGAAGCUGAAGGAGGAGGCAGAUAAGAUCCAGGAGGAAUAUGGAUACUGCAUCCUGGAUGGGCACCGGGAGAAGAUUGGCAACUUCAAAACUGAACCUCCAGGGCUCUUCCGUGGCCGUGGGGAGCACCCCAAAAUGGGGAUGCUGAAGAAGAGGAUCAUGCCAGAAGAUGUCAUCAUCAACUGCAGCAAGGAUUCCAAGAUUCCCGAGCCCCCAGAAGGCCACAAGUGGAAGGAGGUGCGCUUUGACAACACAGUCACCUGGCUGGCCUCGUGGACAGAGAACAUCCAGAACACCUUGAAGUACAUCAUGCUGAAUCCCAGCUCCAAGCUGAAGGGGGAGAAGGAUUGGCAGAAAUAUGAGGUAGCUCGGCGCCUAAAGGAUGUUGUCCAAACAAUCCGGGCUCAGUACAGAAAAGACUGGAAAUCCAAGGAGAUAAAGAAGAGGCAAAGAGCAGUGGCCCUCUACUUCAUUGAUAAGCUGGCCCUGCGAGCUGGGAAUGAGAAGGAGGAAGGGGAGACUGCGGACACGGUCGGCUGCUGCUCCCUGCGUGUGGAGCACAUCCAGCUGCACCCCCAGCUGGAUGGGCAGGAGCAUGUGGUGGAAUUUGACUUCCUUGGGAAAGACUCCAUCCGUUACUACAACAAAGUGUCUGUGGAGAAGCCGGUGUUCAAGAACCUGCAGCUGUUCAUGAAGAACAAGGACCCCAGCGAUGACCUCUUUGACCACCUCAAUACAACCUUCUUGAACAAACACCUCCAGGACCUCAUGGAUGGUUUGACGGCCAAAGUCUUCAGGACCUACAACGCUUCCAUCACCCUGCAGGAGCAGCUCAAGGCCCUCACCAACCCUGAAGACAACGUUGCAGGAAAGCUCCUGUCCUACAACCGAGCCAACAGGGCUGUGGCCAUCCUCUGCAACCAUCAGAGGUCUAUACCAAAAACCUUUGCCAGGUCCAUGCAAGUCCUCCAGGAAAAGAUCGACGCCAAGAAGAAACAAGUGGAGGAAGCCCAGGAAGAAGUGAAAAAAGCUGAAGAUGAGUUUAAGGACACAAAAGAUGCCAAAGCAGAAGUCUACGUGGAGAAGAAGAAGAAGCUGUUAAAGAGGCUGGAGGAGCAGUUGGCCAAGAUGAACAUCCAGGCCACGGACAAGGAGGAGAACAAGCAAAUAGCUCUGGGCACAUCCAAGCUGAAUUACCUGGAUCCCAGGAUUACUGUGGCUUGGUGCAAGAAGUUCGGGAUUCCCAUCGAGAGGAUCUACAACAAGACCCAGAGGGAGAAGUUUGCCUGGGCCAUUGACAUGACUGGCGAGGACUUUGAAUUCUGAGCCGGUGCCUUCCACGUUAAAUCCCAAAUCCUGCUCAUUUGGUGCUGUUGGGAAGCUUUUUUUUUUUUUUUUUUUUAUUUGCUGCUGCUGGUGGCUGAGGGUUAUCUGAGUUUGGUGCCUUUUUUUUUUUGGAUGGAAAAGCAAGCACCUGGAUUUCCAGUUGAAGCAGGUAUUGCUGAUUGGGAUUUUGGACUUUGGGAACUCUUAAUUCCUCUUCAGAGUUGCCAGGUACUUGGCCUUCCUCUGGAGUCCUGGAAGGAGAUUAAAAAAGAGCCUUAAUUGUGCUGAUCAACAAAAUCAGGUCUAAUGCUGUCUCCUUGGUGUGGUGGAGCUGUGCUGCCCUUUCCAGACUGAGUGGGAUGGAUGGGGAAACAGGAGGUGAUGACAGCAAGAAAACAGGAACUGCAAUAUAUAACCCAGGAUUGGGUUAGGGAUGCCCUGGGGGCAAAGGAAAAAUCUCAAGGUUUUACAUUUCCAGGGACUUUGUGCUCUUUUACCUCCAGGAGAGGAGAAAGUUGUGCAAUUGCAGGGAUAUUAAAUGAAAAAACAUGGGAGGGAAUUUGUGUCGUGUCAGGAGAAGGUAGAAGGGAAGAUGUUGGAUUUAAAAGCAGUUUCACAUUGCAGGGGGUUAAAAUUCACCUUGGCCAUGAACAAAGUGCAUUUUAAGCACCCCCAUGUGGGUAAAGUUUUGUCUGGGAGAACGCAUCUCACCUGAGGCCACGUUAAUUUCCUGAUUUUCUUCACUUGGCUCUGGCUCAGCUCCUGUAUCCAGAGCAGGAACUGAACUGUCCAGACAGUGGCUUAGGAAAUGGGGA